CGCGAUGAUCCCGCCCGAGCUCCCGCAGCAGCAGCAGCCGCAGCAGCAGCAGCUCCAGCCGCCGCCACAGCAGCAGCUCCAGCCGCCGCCGCCGCCGGCCGUGCCGAACCAUGUGGUGAGCACCAUCGAGAACCUGCCGGCCGAGGGCAGCGGCGGCGGCGGCGGCGGCAGCCUGUCCGCCUCCUCCCGGGCUGGCCUCCGCCAGCGGAUCCGCAAAGUGCUGAACAGAGAGAUGUUAAUUUCUGUGGCUCUGGGCCAGGUGUUAUCCCUCCUUAUUUGUGGAAUUGGCUUGACCAGCAAGUACCUGUCAGAAGAUUUCCAUGCCAACACACCAGUCUUCCAGAGUUUCCUCAAUUACAUUCUUCUCUUCUUGGUCUAUACCACCACACUAGCUGUCAGACAAGGAGAAGAAAAUCUUCUGGCAAUUUUACGGCGAAGAUGGUGGAAAUACAUGAUCCUGGGACUUAUAGACCUGGAAGCAAAUUAUUUGGUGGUCAAAGCUUACCAGUAUACAACCCUAACCAGUAUCCAGCUCCUGGACUGUUUUGUGAUCCCAGUGGUGAUUCUGCUGUCUUGGUUCUUCCUGUUGAUCCGGUAUAAGGCUGUGCACUUCAUUGGCAUUGUUGUCUGCAUCCUGGGAAUGGGCUGCAUGGCAGGAGCUGAUGUACUUGUGGGAAGGCACCAGGGAGCAGGGGAAAAUAAGCUGGUAGGGGACCUUCUGGUGUUGGGAGGAGCCACUUUAUAUGGGAUCUCUAAUGUCUGGGAAGAAUAUAUCAUCCGAACUCUCAGUCGAGUGGAAUUUCUGGGAAUGAUUGGACUCUUUGGUGCAUUUUUCAGCGGAAUUCAAUUAGCUAUAAUGGAGCACAAGGAGCUGUUAAAGGUGCCUUGGGACUGGCAAAUAGGACUACUCUACGUAGGCUUUAGUGCCUGCAUGUUUGGUCUUUACAGCUUUAUGCCCAUUGUCAUAAAGAAAACCAGUGCAACUUCAGUCAACCUCUCCCUGCUCACAGCAGAUUUAUACAGCCUGUUUUGUGGACUGUUUCUCUUCCACUAUAAGUUUUCAGGACUUUAUCUCCUGUCCUUCUUCACCAUUCUCAUCGGGUUGGUGCUCUACUCCUCCACUUCCACAUACAUAGCCCAGGACCCUCGAGUAUACAAGCAGUUCCGCAACUCUUCAGGACCUGUUGUGGACUUACCAACUACAGCCCAGGUGGAGCCUUCAGUGACCUACACCAGCCUGGGCCAGGAGACGGAAGAGGAGCCUCACGUGCGUGUGGCCUAGAUGAGGCCCUCCCUGCCACUGAGGACUCCUCAGUGGCCAUGUUUUUGCCCAUCAUCUCUGUAUUGUACAUAGAGAAAGGUAUUUCUUAGGCGUAGUUUACACAGGUGGGCUGCAAGGUAGCAAAUCUGAAAGCCUGUUAAAGGCAUGAGCUAAAUGUUCUGGUGGCACAGUCUCUGAUUUGCCUGACGUGGACAAAGGCCUCACUAGUGUGUAUCCUGAUCACCCACCACCCCUCACGUCAAUUACUGUGAAAUUUUUUUAAUCAAAAGCAAGUAUUAUUAAUAUUAUUUGUAUUAUUGUUACUGUUAUUACACCUUCAGGAGGAUGUUUUGUACUCCUGAUGGGAACAAUUGCCAGAUCUACAUGAGGCUGACAUAAAUCCCACUUUUUUAUGGCAAGUCCCUUUUUAAGAACCAUUUUUCUUUUCUGCCUCACAGUCUGGAUGCGUGCUGCAUGCCAUAGGAGCUGAGAAGUUUCCUUGUCCUCAGGACCCGGUAGCUAAUGGUUUCCUCUGUUACCUGUUGGAUUGCCUGCUCAAUAAAAACUUUGUGCUAACCUUUGUGGGGAAGGGCAACUGACCAUAUAAUUCUCUAUUCUAGGAAUAGAUAUGAAACAAACAUUUUAGCAUUUUUAUAUUUCAAUCUGAUUACUCUAGGCUGUUGCCUUUCUAAUAUGCCACGUGAUCAUGCUAAUCAAGUCCCUGAAUAAUAAAAUAAGGACUGUUCUAUUUCUAAUAAGAAAUGUUCCCUUAAUGAGUUUACUAGAGAUCCUGGAAAUGAUAUCAUAUGUGUUCAGGGUAAUAAAUACUUAAAAUAACCUUUCUGUGGGGCUGGAGCGAUACAGGGGGUAGGGUGCUUGCCUUGCAUGAGGCUGCCUUGGGUUUAGUCCCCUGCAUCUCAAAUGGUCCCCCUGAGCACUGCCAGGAGUGAUCCCUGAGUUCAGAGCC